AUGUUCUUUUUGCCCUUUGUUUUCCCACUUGCAUCGAAGCAAGCGACCAAGCGUGCAUCAUUCCAUUUGUCAUCAACAAAAACAUAUAGACUUGGGGGGUUUGUUUUUUUUUUUUUCAAAACGGGGGUGGUGGUUGUCUGUUAUCUCUCUUGGCGUUUUGUGUCUGUAUCCAUAUUGAAAUCUUUCAAGGGGGGUUGUGUGGGGUGUCGAGUGACAUUCUGUUGA